AUGACAGUACAAUCCGUUUUGUUUUAUUGUAACCGCGCAGUAAUUAACAGGCGCUCAGUUCCUCGGACAUUGUUUACAGGACGCAGAUAAGCGCUUCAUCCCGGACUUGCGUUUCAAAACUGCUCCUCCUUACUGUUUCAUUUUAAGCUCUUGCAGCGAGGAGCUGCGAUGCGUUGUUCAAAACCUGUCUGACUUUCCUAGCGGACAUUUUAAUAAACUCAGGAGGUUAGAGGUGAUCGGGAAAAUCCUUCAACAGGCAAAGGGACGCGGCUGCAUAGUGGCUGUUUUUAUACGCCACGGGCUGUGCAGCGCUGUUUGAUAAACGGCGCGCUUAGAUCGUUAUAUUUCGCUGCUGCGCUUUUUUGCGACCGGGGACACUGCAUUUAUUUUCCCAGUUAAGAGACAAAAAAUACGGGUUUGAAGUAACAGUAAACAGGGAGAGAAGUGCAACUCCGGUCGAUUCCUCCGCGAGGGAAGAGAGUUGAGGAGCAGGGCAGCCCCCCUCCAAGGGGAGGAGCCUCUGCGCAGUGACGUACGCGGCUCCCUUCGCUCUGAUUGGUUGGCGGACGCAGACAGUAAUAUCGGGGAGGAGGAAAAUCCUACAGCCGCUGCGCGAGAGAAGGCACAUCGCGUCGGUGGGACGGCGGCAGCGGAGCCCCCCUUCCGUAAUGCGCCAGCUGAGAGAUUUGUAAGGAGUUUUUUUGUGCAUGAAAAAAAAGGAGAACAGGGAUUGCGUCUCUCUAUAUGCCACCCUGAUGUUAUCGCAGUUUUCGGGCGCAUCUUUCUGUAGCAAAAGGAUGAGAUGACAAAGAGGAAGAAAGUAUCCAGCAAAUGCAGGAUAAUUUCGCCGACCGGGUACCUGGAUCUUACUGUUUGAACUUCUUGUACUGUAUGAUGCUGGACGUGCGUUUGAUUGCAAAAGUCAACUUACAAUAAGGAAGAUAUACGCUUUGAGACAGUAGAAGGAUCUGGGAUUUUAAUAGUCUAGUCUGUUACGCUGUUUUUUUUUCUUUUAGUAAUUCGAGUGAUUGGUCAUAUUGUCAGCUAAUGACAACGGUUGCAGAUUGCCUCUAUGGCCGGAUCAUGAAGUGUUUGACGUUCUUACUUUUGCUUCCAGAAACGUUGAAAAAGAUUAAAAAAGGUGCGAAACGGCCCGGCAAGCUGCCAGCAUGCUAUGAGAUCGUGACUUUGUCCCUGAAGAAGAAGAUGGCUGCAGAAUUGUACCCUGCAAGCACAAACACCAACCUUCCUCACAGCGGCGCUGCCAUAGUGGCAGCUGGGAGCAAGAAGAGCAUCGUACAGGUGACAGAGACGGUGACGGCCGCAGCGACCACCACCACCCAGCAGAACAUCAGCAACAACAACGUAGAGCCGUGCAGCUGGCAGUCCUCGCACCCGACGCUGCGGGAGAGGAAUGCCUUGAUGUUCAACAACGAACUCAUGGCUGACGUUCAUUUCAUCGUGGGAGCCCCUGGUGAGGCGCAGAAGGUGCCUGCCCAUAAGUACGUGCUGGCAGUGGGCAGCUCUGUCUUUGGCGCCAUGUUCUACGGCGACCUGGCCGAGGGCGAAUCCGAAAUUCACAUCCCCGACGUGGAACCCGCCGCGUUCCUCAUCCUGCUCAAGUACCUGUACAGCGACGAGAUCGACCUGGAGGCCGACACCGUGCUGGCCACCCUGUACGCCGCCAAGAAGUACAUAGUGCCGGCGCUGGCCAAGGCGUGCGUGAACUUCCUGGAGACCAGCCUGGAGGCCAAGAACGCGUGCGUGCUGCUGUCACAGAGCCGGCUCUUCGAGGAGCCCGAGCUGACGCAGCGCUGCUGGGAGGUGAUCGACGCCCAGGCCGAACUGGCCCUGCGCUCCGAGGGCUUCUGCGAGAUCGACCGGCCCACCCUGGAGAUCAUCCUCACGCGGGAGACCCUCAACACCAAGGAGGCCGUGGUCUUCGAGGCCGUGCUGAACUGGGCCGCGGCGGAGUGCAAGCGGCAGGGGCUGCCCGUCACCGCGCGCCACAAGCGGAGCGUGCUGGGCCGGGCGCUGUACCUGAUCCGCAUCCCCACCAUGACGCUGGAGGAGUUUGCCGAUGGGGCGGCGCAGUCGGACGUGCUCACGCUGGAGGAGACCCACAACAUCUUCCUCUGGUACACGGCCAGCAUUAAGCCCAAGCUGGACUUCCCACUGGUGCACCGGACGGGCUUGGUGCCUCAGCGCUGCCACCGUUUCCAGUCCUCAGCCUACCGCAGCAACCAGUGGCGCUAUAGGGGGCGCUGUGACAGCAUCCAGUUCGCUGUGGACAAGCGCAUCUUCAUCGCGGGCCUGGGCCUGUACGGCUCCAGCGGCGGCAAGGCCGAGUACAGCGUCCGCAUCGAGCUGAAGCGCCAGGGAGUGACUCUGGCCCAGAACCUGACUAAGUUCCUGUCGGACGGGUCGAGCAGCACCUUCCCGGUGUGGUUCGAGCACCCGGUGCAGGUGGAGCAGGACACUUUCUACACAGUCAGCGCCAUCUUGGAUGGGAAUGAGCUCAGCUACUUCGGGCAGGAGGGCAUGACGGAGGUGCAGUGCGGGAAGGUAACCUUCCAGUUCCAGUGUUCCUCUGACAGUACCAACGGCACUGGGGUGCAGGGGGGGCAGAUCCCAGAGCUGGUGUUCUACGCGUGACGUCUUGACGGCCAACUCCCCAGCAGGGGAACCUGGGACGCGGACACAGUGGACACCAAUAAUGCUGAAAUAUUUUUCAUUCAUCUGAUGGAUGUUCUCUGGCAAACGUUUAGCCUGGGAAUGAUUGACGGUUUAAUUUAUUAAUGCUCUAACGUCACGCGCAGUGCUGGGACUCGCCGUCCUGCUGCUGGGGGACGAUGCCCAGUGCUGGGACUCACCGUCCUGCUGCUGGGGGACGAUGCCCAGUGCUGGGACUCGCUGUCCUGCUGCUGGGAGACGAUGCCCAGUGCUGGGACUCGCCGUCCUGUUGCUGGGAGACGAUGCCCAGUGCUGGGACUCGCCGUCCUGCUGCUGGGGGAUGAUGCCUAGUGCUGGGACUCGACGUCCUGUUGCUGGGAGACGAUGCCCAGUGCUGGGACUCGCCGUCCUGCUUCUGGGGGACGAUGCCCAGUGCUGGGACUCGCCGUCCUGUUGCUGGGAGACGAUGCCCAGUGCUGGGACUCGCCGUCCUGCUGCUGGGAGACGAUGCCCAGUGCUGGGACUUGCCGUCCUGCUGCUGGGGGACGAUGCCCAGUGCCUGUGCUGGUGCGUUUUGUACAGAAAUGAACGCUGCUUUGUUUAUGUGGGUGAAUGAGAUGUUCUUCAAUGGAGAGCACUUUGCAAAUAAUUUUUUAAAUGAGCCAAACCCCAUUUGGGGGUUGGGGGGGGCACAUGAGUCGAAAUGAUGGAGGUAGGGUCAUCCUUAGGGGUAAAGCUUCGUGUUUUCAGUGCCUGAAGCAAGUCAGACUGACGAUUGUUGACUCGUUCUAUUAAAUUGAUCAAAAUCGUGAAAAACAAUCGCCGAUCUUGUGGUAGACAUGCAAACUGAGUGUAAAAGAAUGAAUGGGCAUAUAAAAUGAUUGUAUGAAAUUAAAACAAGCGUGUUAA